UUUUUUUUAAAUCAACUUCAAGAAAUGAACACCACCCAAGAAACUGCGUCUUUCUGCGCAAUGUUGACGCGCAAUGUGUGAACAGCAAGAUGGCGCACUUGACGUACGGCAGACUGAGGCGUUUACUGCAAAUAUACGCCAACAAAUCAUCGUCUUCAUGCGGAGGACCGGCAUUUAUACCCAAUUCUGCUUUGGGAGUACACUUUAUACGCCACCAUAGGUCCGUGGACCUCCAGGAGCGGCAGAAGCAGCAGAUGGCCCGUGGUCUCCCCAAGCAGAAGCCCAUCAGCGGGGUCAAGCAGGUCCUGGUGGUGGCUUCGGGCAAGGGGGGCGUGGGCAAGUCCACCACGGCAGUCAACCUGGCGCUGGCCCUGAUGGCCAAUGAUCCGGCCAAGACCGUGGGUCUGCUGGACGCUGACGUGUACGGACCCUCCAUACCCAAACUCAUGCACCUGAAGGGCAACCCGGAGCUCACCAGCAGCAACCGGAUGCGGCCGCUGACCAACUAUGGCGUCCCCUGCAUGUCCAUGGGCUUCCUGGUGGAGGACGGGGCCCCCAUCGUGUGGCGGGGCCUCAUGGUGAUGUCGGCCAUGGAUCGGCUUCUCAGACAGGUGGAGUGGGGCUCGCUGGACUACCUGCUCAUCGACAUGCCGCCCGGGACGGGUGACGUCCAGCUGUCCAUCUCCCAGAACGUGCCGGUAGCAGGUGCGGUCAUCGUGUCCACGCCGCAGGACAUCGCCCUGCUGGACGCUCGCCGAGGAGCCGAGAUGUUCAAGAAGGUCCACGUGCCGGUUCUGGGCCUGGUGCAGAACAUGAGCGUCUUCACGUGUCCCAAGUGUGACCAUCAGACUCACAUCUUUGGAGCCGACGGCGCUCGCCAGCUCGCCGACACGCUGGGAGUCCAACUCUUAGGCGACAUUCCACUCCAUGUGAACAUCCGGGAGACGUCAGACCGAGGACAGCCGGUGGUGGUGUCGUCCCCCAGCAGCCCCGAGGCGGCGGCGUACCGGAAGGUGGCGGCUGCUGUGGUCCGAAGACUGGAGGAGUUGCACACCUGACAGGACCAGACCGUGUUGGGAGAGGGUGCAGUUCUUUAGGCGACCAGUAGAGGGAGCCAGUGGCUUUAAACGGAUCAGUGUUGUCCCCAUACCAAUAUUUUGGUACUUUUCUAAGUAUUCUAUUUCUGAUGUCUUUUAUUUCAUGAAAUUGAAAAAUGUGAUUUUCCAGCUAUUUUGUCCAAUGUGGAGUCAUGAAAUAAAUUCAUUAAAUUAUUAAUUAAAUAAUUCAUUUGAUCACUUCAAACAAUUAUACACUUAUUUAAUAAUACCACCUUAACAUUUGACAACCAAA